AUGUUCAAACAUUUCUAUCCUGCACGUGUCAAGGAUCCGUGGGAGAACGAGAAGGGUACCAUAGAAACACGAGAAUAUCACUCCUCCAAGGGCGCUAAUCAAGCCACCGCAGAAACCGGUCCGUCGGAACUCUAUAUAAACAUUUCCUCUCCUCCUUCCAAACCACAGGAAUUCAGUUCCUUCCAAAGGCCAGUCGAAUGGCUCUCCUUGAGAGAGGAGCUACCGACGAUCUCCCCCUUCAGCGACGUAGUUAUGUAUCAGAACCACUCCCAUCCCCGCCAGCUGUCUCGCCACCAUGUUCCAACCACGAACCAGUACGGCACCGCUCCUGCUUUGACACAGCCAUACCGCAACCCCCCUCCCACGUCGGCAUACGCCCCUGCACAAGGAAUUCCCGCCUACCCCCCUGUACAGAGCCACCACUCGAACCAUACGUAUGCGCAUCCUUCCGACUCCCACCGUCAUCCUCUCCCAAAUGGUGGAAACGUCCAGGCUUCUUCCCCACACCACCAGCACCACAAUUCCAAUCCACCUCGCCAAGAGCAGAGCAACGCUCUGGUAACCUAUGAUCCUGCCGUAGCCGCAAGGAAUCGUGCCGCCGCCAAUGCGGGGAACGACCACAGCACCGCCGUCGUUCCUUACAACCAUGGGAGAAACCAGGCUUCUGCACGCGCUCCUUACACUGGUUCCCAUGCCAGGCCCAACCGCGUGAACACUGAUGCCCGUGCUCAUCGUUCACCCCGGCCUCAGAGACACCGCACCUCUUCCGACGUGAGCGCCUCUUCUACUUCGUCCCCUUCGUCUGCCUCAUCGGUCGGUUCUUCCACCCGAACCCGUCAAGGACGUGUUCGCGUCUACAUCCCUGCCCGUGGUGCAAACUUGUACAUGGUCUUUCACUGAGGUUAGAUUCGAUGUUGGAGGUCCAUAGUAGAAUAACAAAAUUUGUGCCUAUAUGCGUG